UUAUUAAACCUAUCAUAACUCAUAAAACCGUGUUGACAAAACACCCUAAAAAACAAUCCAUAUGGCGAAAAUCUUAAAAUAUAAAUAUUAUUUUGAAAAUAAAUAAAUAAAAAAAAACCUUUAAGUUAAAGACCAAUAAUCAUAAAGAGAUUUUAUAUAUAAAUACAGCAUGUGAAUAUGGUAAGAGGCACUCUGUCCAAAAGCCACCACCAUUGAAGACAGUGCAACUCUCUCUCUUAUUUCUCUCUCUUUAAGGAUUAAUCAACUUCAUCUUCUUCAUGUUAUUUUGUCCCAAUGUCUAGGCCUUCUUAUCCUCCCAUUGGUGGCGGUGGUUCUGUUUUUGUUCUUCUCUGCUUCGUCGCUUUUCUUUUUCAGACAAGCUCAGCUCAAACACAAAACGACACCGUAGAUCCUAACCUUCUAACCUUCGAAAACCCAAGUCUUAGACAAGCUUACAUAGCUCUCCAAGCAUGGAAGUCAGCCAUAUUCUCCGACCCAUUUAACUUCACAACCAACUGGAAUGGCUCCAAUGUGUGUUCAUACAUGGGUGUCUACUGUGCGCCGUCGCAGGCCAACUCAUCGACACGUGUCGUCGCCGGUAUCGAUCUCAACCACGCUGAUAUCGCCGGCUACCUCCCCUCGGAACUGGGUCUCCUCACUGACUUAGCUCUUUUCCACAUUAACUCUAACAGGUUUUGUGGUGUCGUUCCUCUGAGUUUUCGUCGUUUGAAGCUUCUACACGAGCUCGAUAUCAGUAACAACCGCUUCGUCGGAAAGUUCCCUAAGGUGGUUCUCUCAUUACCUUCGCUUAAGUAUUUGGAUCUUCGUUUCAACGAGUUUGAAGGCUCUGUUCCUUCAAAACUCUUCGAUAAAGAUCUCGAUGCUAUAUUCUUGAACGACAACAGGUUCAGAUUCGGUAUCCCAAAGAAUCUCGGGAACUCACCGGUUUCCGUACUGGUUUUUGCGAACAACGAUCUCGGCGGGUGUAUUCCUGGAAGUAUUGGAAAAAUGGCAAAGACAUUAAACGAGAUCAUUCUCUUGAACGAUAAUCUCACCGGUUGUUUGCCACCACAGAUCGGGCUUUUGAAGAAUCUUAACGUGUUCGACGUUAGCUUUAACAAGCUUCAGGGCUCAUUGCCGCCAACAAUCGGAAACAUGAGAAGCUUGGAAGAACUCGACGUGGCUCAUAACAAGUUCACCGGGGUCAUUCCUGACACGAUUUGCAAGCUACCAAGAUUACAGAACUUCACUUAUUCAUUUAACUACUUCACCGGCGAAGCUCCUUCUUGUGCCGGUGGUAAAAGUGUGGUCUUUGACGGUAGUGAGAACUGUAUUGCCGGUAAGUCUGAUCAACGGUCUGCUAGGCAAUGCGCUUCUGAUUCUGCUCGUCCAGUUGAUUGUAGAAAGCUCAGUUGUGAUGCCACUGGCGGUGGUUCUCCUAGACCCGUUCCGAAGAAAAAGCCUCAGCCAGUUCCUAAACCUCCGGCACCAAAAAGGGCUUCUUCCCCUAGACCAAUUGUGGCUCCGUCGCCUCCACCUCCUACUUCGGCAUCUUCUCCUUCUAUUAGAUGGAGGUCUCCGCCGCCAUCAUCUAAAUCUUCCCCAGUUAGCAAAACAUCUCCUCCUCCACCAACUUCAAGAUCAUCUCCAACUACACACUAUGCUCCUCCACCACCUAAGACAACCACUAAAUCUCCUCCUUCCAAUCAUUACCACUAUUCUUCCCCACCUCCACCACCAACUUCAAAAUCAUCCCCAACCACACACCUUCCUCCUCCACCACCUCCCACCACCACCGGAUCCCCUCCAUCAAAUCAUUACCAUUACUCUUCCCCACCACCACCAACACCAACACCAAGCCAUAAUGGCUACACUUCUCCACCACCACCACCAUCAUCUCCGGCAACUCAUUACAAAUACUCUUCCCCACCACCGCCGUCGCAGCAUUCUGAGGUACCAAGCUAUAAGCCACAUACUCCACCACCCACUCAUUACAGCUAUUCAUCACCGCCGCCGCCACCCACUCAUUACAGCUAUUCAUCGCCCCCAUCACCACCACCACCAUCAACUCAUUACAGCUAUUCAUCACCGCCGCCGCCACCCACUCAUUACAGCUACUCAUCACCACCACCACCACCGCCAACUCAUUACAGCUACUCAUCACCACCACCACCACCACCAUCGCCAACUCAUUACAGCUACUCUUCUCCGCCUCCACCUCCUUCAAGUGAGCACUAUCAAGGCUCUCCACCACCUUCAACUCCAAGUUACACAUCUCACUCUCCACCUCCUCCGACGAAGGAGCAUUACUACAAAGCUCCUCCGCCACCACCGUCAUAUCCAACGCCUGAAGCGGGAACUCCUCCACCUCAGUCAUCAUCUCCUCCAGGCGGUUGCGAAACACCAGUAGUACAAUCACCACCGCCGCCAAUAAAUCAUCAGGAGCACCCUGUGGUGACACCAAGCCCACCACCUGAAUCACAUUACGAGCAUUCAAGUCCUCCUCCUCCUCCAACGCCGUCGUAUGAUGAUAACACUCCUCUUCCACCCAUUGUAGGAGUGUCAUACGGUUCUCCACCUCCCCCUGUAAUUCCCUACUACUAAUCAUUUUUAAAUUUUUGAUAUUUUAAUUUAUAUUUUCAUCAUGAUCGAUCGAUGAUAUAUGAUGAUCAAAAUCAGUGGCUACAUUUUCGGUUUGUAAUUUAUUUGUUUGAAAAUUAAGAUAAGAUCAACAAACUUGUAAUUCUUUUGUUUGUAACAUCAAAAUGAGUGCGCAACGUUGCAUUUUCUGGGUCGCAGGAAAAUACGUACCACUGGCACUUAAUUUUUUUUUUUUUUUAAUUUUCAUUUCUGUUAUUUCCCAGUAAUAAUAUAUGUACAAUACAGAUCAUUUUAGUAUAUUAUCAAUUAAUUAAUUAUUGCA